ACACCUGGAGAAGGGGAACACAAAAUAAUGGACUAUAUUAGAUAUACUAGGGCGCAGCCCGGUUAUGACCCAAACACUAGGCAUUGCUUAUAUGGACUUGAUGCAGAUUUAAUUAUGUUAGGACUGUGUUCACAUGAACCACAUUUUAGUUUAUUGAGGGAAGAGGUAAAAUUUGGCAAAAAAUCGACAAAACGUAUAACAGUUCCUGAAGAGAUAACAUUUUUUCUGUUGCACUUAUCUCUAAUGAGGGAGUAUUUAGAAUUAGAAUUCGCCCCAAUAAGGUAUGAGCUAAGAGGAUUUGACUACGAUUUAGAAAAAAUAAUCGACGAUUGGGUGUUGAUGGGGUUUUUAGUUGGAAACGAUUUCAUUCCUCAUUUACCAAAUUUACACAUCUCCGAGGGUGCGUUACCCCUCCUGUAUAAAACUUAUAUGGAAAUACUUCCUACGCUAGAUGGUUAUAUAAAUGAAGGUGGAACUUUAAAUUUAAGGCGGUUUGAAAUGUUCAUGGAAAAACUUGGUCAGCAAGAUCUAGAUCACUAUGAGCAGGUACGAGACGACAUAAUGUAUCUAGAAACGAAAAGGGGCAUUAAGUCCACAAGAGAUUUACAAGAGUGGAAAGCGGAGGGGGAUGAGAUUUCUGAACUUCUUGAACCAGAUGUCUCGACACCUUGUAAGGACAGUGGCUUGGCGAGUUUGUUGAAGUCUGCAGAUGAGCUGUGUUUGGAUGAUGACAGUGACGAUAAUAGUGAUGAUUUUAUGAAUUUUAAAAAGGAGUAUUACAAAGAGAAAAUGGAAUAUGUUGACGUUACACCCGAAGUAAUGAGGGACCAAGCUGAAGGGUAUGUUCGAGCAAUACAGUGGAAUUUAAACUAUUACUACAAUGGUUGUUGUUCUUGGUCUUGGUUUUAUCCACAUCAUUAUGCCCCAUAUAUUUCGGAUAUCAAAGGGUUUACCGACUUAAAACUCGAGUUCGAUAUGGGCAAACCAUUCUUGCCAUAUGAACAGCUGUUAGGGGUGUUACCUGCAGCCAGUAAAAAGCUUCUGCCCGAAGCUUAUCAUGGGUUGAUGACUGAAGAAAAUUCUAUCAUAAUCGAUUACUAUCCAGAAAAAUUUGAAACUGAUCUGAAUGGAAAGAAGCAAGCGUGGGAAGCAGUAGUAAAAAUACCUUUCAUCGACGAGAAACUGCUUCUUGAAGCUAUGAGCUAUUGCAACGAUAAAUUAACAACAGAGGAAAGACGAAGAAAUAGUCACGGACCUAUGUUAAUUUACAUGUACACGCCAAGAGAUAGAGAACCUUAUCAAGCACCAGCCUAUUUUCCAGAAAUUCCCAAAAAUCACACAGAAGUGAAGACUUUAUUGUAUUCAGAUAUUUUAAUACCACGAGAAAAAUUAGUAAAGGGUGCUUAUCCCGGAGCGUUAAUGAAUGUUUACUAUCCGGGCUUCCCAACCAUGAAACAUCUUAAAUAUAGGGGAGAAGUUCAAAAAGCCCAUGUUAAGGUAUUUGAACAGCCAAGUAGAAAUGAGAGUAUGAUUAUUCAUAUCAUACCAAAUUCUAAAUUCGUCGGUGACAUGAUUCCAGUUGAUCUUUUGGGUACAUCUGUAUUCAUUUCUUGGCCACAUCUAAUUGAAGCGAAGGUAGUGGCUAUUUCAAACCUUAACAAGAAAUUUAUCAGUAUGGGUGGACCAAAUCAGUAUAACACAAUUAAUCUUAAGGAAUCAGACAAAAGAGAAUUUAUCCUAAGUUUAAGUGGAAUUACUGAAUUAUACAAAAACAGAAUGGGGAUAGCCAUAGGUGACUCAAAAGUUUUAGUGUAUGUUAAACAAUUAGUAGGAAGAAAAUACUCAUUUUCAAAUGGAAAAUUCAAACUAGAAAAGCAGUUCGCCGAUAAUAUUUCAUGUUAUCCCUUGCAGACAGUAGUUUUUAAUAUAAAGGCUUAUGAUCCAUUGUAUCAUUUAGAAAAAGAAGUGGAAAGUAUUUAUCCGAAAAACAGUACUUGUUUUGUACUCGGAAAUCCUUAUUAUGGUUCUCAAGGAGUGGUACUGGACGCCUCAACAGUUACUAAAACUGGCAGAAUAAAAAUAUAUAUUUCGAUAGUAGAACAGCCGAAUUUGAACCAUGUUAGAUCUAUACAUGAGAACACUGACAAGAAAUACAAACAAGCGCAUACUGUUGCUAGUCCUUUAGGUAUUUCUAAUAGUAUUUUUUCACAAAUAACUACCUCGAUGUAUAUUAAAGCUAGUGAAGCUGUUGAAGCAAGAAAAGUUAAUGUUGGCUUGGAUUUAAAAUUGAACAAAAGGAAUAAGGAAACGCCUGGUUAUACCAAAAAGAUAAAUAAUUAUUGGUAUUACACAGAGAAGGCCGCAGAACUUGUUAAAGAAUAUAUUGACAAAUUUCCAGAAGUGGUAGAUUAUUUAAACAAGCCUUAUGACCACGACGCCACGUUUGAAAGUUUAUUUCCAACAAACAGCGAAGAACGAUAUAAAGAAUUACAGCAGUGGUUAAAAUCUUUACCUACUCAUUCCAUAGAUAGGAUAGAUUGUAAUAGUAAAAGUUUGGAACCAGAAACUAUCGAGGCUUUAGAACGAACUAUAGAUGCUUAUAAAGACGCACCUGUAAAACAUAGGAAUAUCCAAAUAAAACCACAAUUUUUGUAUAGGCCUGAAAUUCAAACCGCAACUAUAGAACCGGAUCCAAAAACUGAAACUGAUAUUCUAGAUAGAAUAGUUAACGUAAGGCAUGGGUACUCAGUUCCAUUUGGGCAUAAAGGGACAGUUACUGCAAUAAGAAAUUCUAGUACUAACAACGAAAGGGACACUAUGUAUGAAGUUGUAUUCGAUAAUCCAUUUCGAGAUGGCUUAAAGUUAAAUUGUUCAGAAAACAGAGGAUAUCUGCUGCCGAAGACUGCCUUUAUAAAUAUAUCUUACGGCGAACGUUUGAUGGUGGAAAAGACUGGAAAGCCAGAUGAGCUAAUCGCAAAAGCCGAAGCUACAAACUCUAACCGAUUAGAACAACCUAACCAUAACAACACGUUUAAUAACUUAAUCAAACCACAACCGCAAUCGAUAUUCCAUCCACCUCAAGUUCAACCGUGGUUUAGCCAGCAAAAUCAGGCACAAUCAUGCAUGAUUCCUCCCCAAUUUAUAUUACCAAGUAAUCAACCUAAUUCAGCGUUUGCUCAUUUCUCAUCAAACAACACAUUUAGGAUGCCAACUGUACAUAAUAAUCUCGGAAAUACUGUGCCUAAUCAGUUUUAUCCAUUUGACAACAAUCAAACUCAAAAUGAGAAAAUAAUCAAAGAUAAUAGAUACGUAAAUGUUCCAAAUUUUGAAAAGGUACUUAAAGACAACGUGUCUGUAAGUAAUCAUAAAGGUACUGAAAAUAUUGAAAGGAAUGGUUUAACUGGAGAAAUAUUUCCUAUGAAAGAUGUGAAAAAGCUUUCUCAGGAUAACAACAUUCAGCUGAAAUUAAUGAAACCUGAAGAUUUUCAAAAUCCUCCAGAGAAGCCACUUGUCGAAAAUUGGAGAGAAAGACCACACUCACAUCAGAAUCAUUUACAUACUCAACUUGAUGGUAAUAAGAGCAAAGAUGGUGAUAAUAGAUAUAAUUUUUAUAAAACCGAUAAUAACAAAAAGGUGGAUAAUAAAUCACAGUCAGAGGACGAUAAAACCAAGGCUGGUAGUUCAAGAAAGGUAAUAUAUUACGAAACUGUUUUCUUGUGUCAUGUUUAAGUUAAAUAAUAUUUUAUAUGGAAUUAAACCACAAUUUUAUUUUAUAUGGAAUUAAACACAUUGACUGUAAUGAGAA